CGACGGCUGCCGCGGCUUCGGCCGCCUCGACAGCGCAUGGUCGAGAGGGUUGCCAGAACCUGGCCGCGCCUGCGCGGUGGCGCCGAGCAUCCUCCUCCGCAUCCGCGUCGCCGCCGCCGUCACGAGCGCGUGGGCCCGCGGGGGGCGGGGCGUGCGGCUGAGGAGCCGGCGGGCUGACUGGGUGGCGGGGGCGCCGCCGUUACUGCCGCGUCCGCCUCAGCCGGGCUUCGUUGCGGCCCCGAUGAGCCCCAUGAGCGGGAGGAGGGCGAGCGCGCGGCCGGCGGGGCUCCUCUGGCUGCUCCUGCCGCUGCUUCAGGUGGCCGCCGCCGCCGCCGCCGCCUCCUCCUCCUCGCCACCGCCGCCGCCGGUCGGGCGCUGCGAGCUGGAUGCGGGAGACGUGGCUGUCAGGAGGGGCGGCGGCACUUCGGCUUCCUCCCCGGUGGAGACACCCGCUCUGGCGACAGAUCCUUGCCAUUUGCUCAGUCCGCCAUGUUUUACUGAGGAGGACAAAUACAGCCUCGAAGCCCUUCGCACAAUUCACAAACAAAUGGACGAUGACAAAGAUGGCGGCAUUGAGGUAGAGGAAAGCGAUGAGUUUAUUAGAGAAGAUAUGAAAUACAAGGAUGCUUCCAAUAAACACAGCCAUUUGCACAGAGAAGACAAACACAUCACCAUUGAAGAUCUGUGGAAACGCUGGAAAACAUCUGAAGUUCACAACUGGACGCAAGAGGAGACGCUGGAGUGGCUGGCGGACUUCGUCGAACUUCCUCAGUAUGAGAAGAACUUCAGAGAGAGUAACGUCAAAGGAACGACACUGCCUAGGAUAGCCGUCAACGAACCUGCGUUUAUGAUCUCUCAGUUGAAAAUCAUUGAUCGGAGCCACAGACAGAAACUUCAGCUGAAGGCCCUGGACGUCGUUUUGUUUGGACCUCUUACACGGCCGCCUCAUAACUGGAUGAAAGAUUUCAUCCUCACCAUUUCUAUCGUGAUCGGUGUGGGAGGCUGCUGGUUUGCGUAUACCCAGAACAAGACCUCCAAAGAGCAUAUCACGAAAAUGAUGAAAGAUUUGGAAAGCCUUCAGACGGCCGAGCAGAGCCUGUGCGAACUGCAGGAGAGGCUUGAAAAAGCGCAGGAGGAGAACCGAACUGUCGCUGUAGAAAAGCAAAACCUGGAAUGCAAGAUGAUGGAUGAAAUUAGCGAUGCGAAACGGGAAGCCUGUCGGCUGAGGGAGUUGAGGGAAGGAGCCGAAUGCGAACUCAGCAGGCUUAAGUAUGCAGAAGAGGAGCUGGUUCAGGUCCGUAUGGCUUUAAAAAAGGCCGAGAAAGAGUUUGAACUGCGAAGCAAUUGGUCUGUCCCUGAUGCACUGCAGAAGUGGCUCCAGUUGACACACGAAGUAGAAGUCCAGUACUACAACAUUAAGAGGCAGAAUGCAGAAAUGCAGCUAGCCAUUGCCAAGGAAGAGGCAGAAAAGAUUAAAAAGAAGAGAAGUACCGUCUUCGGGACGUUGCACGUUGCACACAGCUCUUCCCUCGAUGAAGUGGACCACAAGAUUCUGGAAGCAAAGAAAGCACUUUCGGAGUUAACCACCUGUUUGAGGGAGCGUCUCUACAGAUGGCAGCAGAUUGAGAAGAUCUGUGGCUUUCAGAUAGCGCACAACUCGGGCCUGCCAAGUCUGACCUCCUCGCUUUACUCUGAUCACAGUUGGGUGGUGAUGCCACGAGUCUCCAUUCCCCCUUAUCCAAUUGCGGGUGGUGUGGAUGACCUUGAUGAAGAUACUCCUCCAAUUGUCUCUCAGUUUCAUGGGGGCAUUGUGAAACCUGCCACCUUAGUGAGAAGCAGCAGCACGUGUCGCUCCAGACGAAAUGUUGUGCCGUCAUCUCCGCAGUCGCCACACUUGGCGCAAACGCCGCACACCCCGCUCGCACAGGCGACUUUGCACUCUCCAGACCCCGACAUCCUGUCUGUAUCAAGUUGCCCAGCUGCUUACCGCACAGAAGAGGAGGAGGAGGCCAUUUAUUUUACGGCUGAAAAACAAUGGGAAGCGCAAGAUACAGGCUCAGAAUGUGACUCCGUCAGUUCCUCCGUCGGAAGGAAGCAAUCUCCUCCGUCAAGCCUUGAGAUCUAUCAACCCCUGUCGCCUCAAAAAAUAUCGCGGGAAGAACUCUCCUUGGAGGACUCCUCCACCGGAGACUCUUUGUCCUUAACGGCUGACACCUCCCGGGGCUCUCCCAACUACGUCGGCAUGACCGAGACGAAAAGUAUGAUCUUUAGCCCCCCCAGCAAGGUCUACAACGGCAUCUUGGAGAAGUCCUGCAGCAUGAACCAGCUGUCCAGCGGCGCCCCGGUCCCUAAGCCUCGCCACACCUCCUGUUCGUCCACCAGCAGCGAAAGCAAAGCCGCCCACGAGGCCGCCGCGGCCUCCCGGAUAAGCAGCCCCUCGCAGGACCUCUGUCAGAACGGCGAGCGAAACAAAAAACCCUCCAAAAUCAAAAGCCUUUUUAAGAAGAAGUCCAAGUGAGGCGACGGGAGAAUCGCUCGAGAACGGCGUCGGUAGACUCUGGUUGGCUGGUUUUUUGUUUUGUUUUUUUAAAUUAAGAAUGUAGUCCAUCUUCCGUUUUCCCAGGCCCUGGCGGGAAAACUUAGGUCAAACUCCUCUUCUGUUUUUAAAAUGGCUCUAAAGUCAAGCUGUGCCAGCUAUCGAUGAGAAACAUUUCAAGACGGUUUACAGUCAUUUGUCUAUUUAUUUCUGCUUUUUUUUUUAGUUUAUACAUUAAAAAAAACUUUUUUUAAAAAACCGACAAACCACUUUAACACGAGCUUUAAUGGACUAGGGAGCCUGCGUGGGCUUGCCAAAGUUCUUUUUUUUCUUCUCUUGUUUACUGGAGCAUCUUCUUAUCUUUCCACCGAGCUAUGGCAUUUGCAUACUGGACUUAAGAAACUCUUAAUGAAGUAAAAAAAAAAAACUACUUAAAUUGCACUACUGUUUUCCUUGACUGGAAAGUAUCUCUGCAAAGCGGAUACUUCGAGCUUGUAAGAUGACGGGACAGGUUGGCUCAAUAUUUCUAGGCCAUUUUUAUGUAACAACUAGCAUUUCUAACGGUCAGUUCCCGGAACUGGAGCCUUGUUUCUUCUACAGAAUGCUUCUCUAACUGCGUUUUAUUAAUGUAAAUGGAUUGGGUCCUGCUGUAAAGAUUGUGAUUUACCCAGGGCUUUCACUGUGAUUCUACUGCAUUGCACAGGCUACGCGGCUGAAAGCAAGAGACUCUUAUCGCGAGAAGAAGCUCCUGAUUCCAUAUGCAAGCGAUGAAAGGUUAAACUUGAUUUGAAGGACUUUUUGAGACAUUCGCAUCCUUACAAACUGGGACAGGGACAACGGUGGGCACUUGUUUACAUACCUUGACAGACAAAAGGAUGUUUGAUUUGUGAAUAUUUGUACUGUGGCAAAGACAAUAAAUUGGAGAUAUUAUUGUGCA